CCCCCGCUGCCGCUGCCCGCGCCGCAGCCGAGGCCUCGCCGCAGAGCGAGGAGGAGGCGCCGGGAGCGCCCUGAGCCGCUGCCGCCCCGCCGGGCCCCCGAGGGAAGACGCUCGCCGGCAGCCAUGGAGCUGGCGGACGGCGUGGUGUACCAGGAGGACCCGGGCGGCCCCGGCCCCGCCAUGAUGUCGGAGCGGGUGUCCGGGCUGGCAGGCUCCAUCUACCGCGAAUUCGAGCGGCUCAUCGGGCGCUACGACGAGGAGGUGGUGGCCGAACUAAUGCCGCUGGUGGUGGCCGUCCUGGAGAACCUGGACUCGGUGUGCGCACACAGCCAGGAGACCAGCGUAGAGCUGGAGCUGCUGCGGGACGACAACGAGCAGCUCCUCACACAGUACGAGCGGGAGAAGGCGCUGCGCAAGCAGGCCGAGGAGAAAUUCAUCGAGUUUGAAGAUUCCCAGGAACAAGAGAAGAAGGACUUGCAGACCAGAGUGGAAGCUUUGGAAUCUCAGACUCGGCAGCUUGAGCUGAAAGCCAAGAACUACGCUGACCAAAUUAGCAGACUUGAGGAGAGGGAAGCAGAGCUGAAGAAAGAAUACAAUGCACUUCAUUCAAGACACACAGAGAUGAUUCACAAUUACAUGGAGCACUUGGAAAGAACCAAACUUCAUCAGCUGUCGGGGGGUGAUCAGCUAGAAUCCACCACACACAGCAGGAUUAGAAAGGAGCGCCCCAUAUCUCUGGGCAUCUUCCCCUUGCCUCCAGGAGAUGUCCUGCUGACCCCUGAGGCCCAGCGUGAGGCGGGGGAGACGCCCGGGUCGGAGCACUGGAAGUUCCAGGAGCUGAGCCAGCCGCGCUCCCACACCAGCCUGAAGGAUGAGCUCUCUGACGUUAGCCAAGCAGGCUCAAAGUCUACUACUCCAGCAUCCACAGCCCCUGCAGACGUCCCUGUGCUGCCUGCUGAGACGCCUCUCAGGGAGGACGUGGAAGGGCCUGCCAGGAACACAGAAGUGCUGAACGAGAGGCCGGACGCAGGCAAGAACAUUGAGGUGCAGGUAGCUCAAGAGACAAGAAAUGUAUCCACGGGUGGAAAUGAAAAUGAAGAAAAAUCUGAAGUUCAGGCAAUCAUUGAGUCAACUCCAGAGCUGGAUAUGGAUAAAGACCUCAGUGGGUAUAAGGGCUCCAGCACUCCUACCAAAGGCAUAGAGAACAAAGCCUUUGACCGUAACACAGAGUCACUCUUUGAGGAGCUGUCAUCUGCUGGUUCUGGCCUAAUUGGAGAUGUGGAUGAAGGUGCAGAUUUACUGGGGGAGUAUUCUGGAAUGGGGCGUGAGGUUGAGAACCUGAUUUUGGAGAACACUCAGCUGCUGGAGACAAAAAAUGCCCUGAAUGUUGUGAAGAAUGACCUGAUAGCAAGGGUGGAUGAGUUGACCUGUGAGAAGGAUGUGCUGCAGGGUGAGCUGGAGGCUGUGAAACAAGCAAAGCAGAAGCUUGAGGAGAAGAACAAGGAGCUGGAAGAAGAGCUGAGGAAGGCUCGUGCAGAAGCAGAGGAAGCAAGGCAGAAGGCCAAGGAGGAGGAUGAUAGCGAUGUGCCCACGGCCCAGCGGAAGCGCUUCACCCGUGUGGAGAUGGCCAGGGUCCUGAUGGAGAGGAACCAGUACAAGGAGAGGCUGAUGGAGCUCCAGGAGGCUGUCAGAUGGACAGAGAUGAUAAGAGCAUCUAGAGAGAACCCAGCCAUGCAGGAAAAGAAGAGGUCAAGCAUCUGGCAGUUUUUUAGCAGACUCUUCAGUUCCUCAAGCAAUACAGCUAAGAAACCAGAACCUCCUGUCAACGUGAAAUACAAUGCUCCAACCUCACACAUUACUCCAUCAGUCAAGAAAAGAAGCAGCACCUUAUCUCAGCUCCCAAGUGACAAAUCUAAAGCCUUUGAAUUCCUCAGUGAAGAGACAGAAGCCAGCCUGGCAUCGCGCCGGGAGCAGAAGCGGGAGCAGUACCGCCAGGUGAAGGCUCACGUGCAGAAGGAGGAUGGCAGGGUGCAGGCAUUUGGCUGGAGUCUACCUCAGAAGUACAAACAGGUGGCAAAUGGUGGCCAGGGUGAGAAUAAGAUGAAGAACUUGCCUGUACCUGUUUACCUGAGACCUUUAGAUGAGAAGGAUACUUCUAUGAAGCUGUGGUGUGCUGUAGGGGUGAACCUCUCAGGAGGGAAGACACGAGAUGGUGGCUCUGUGGUUGGUGCCAGUGUGUUCUACAAUGACGUGACUGGGGCUGACGCGGAGGGGAGCAAGCAGCAAACAGGAUCGCAGAGCAGCUUAGACAGACUAGACCAGGAGCUCAAGGACCAGCAGAAGGAGCUGAAAAAUCAGGAGGAGUUAUCUAGCCUGGUUUGGAUCUGUACUAGCACACAUUCUGCCACAAAAGUGAUCAUCAUUGAUGCCAACCAGCCAGGGAACAUCUUGGACAGUUUCAUUGUCUGCAACUCUCACGUGCUUUGCAUUGCCAGUGUCCCAGGGGCAAGGGAAACAGACUAUCCUGCAGGAGAAGAGGGGUCUCAAGAAGCAGACCCCAGUCAAGUGGACAAGUCCUCUCUGUGUGGGAGCAUGACCAGCAACAGCUCUGCAGACACAGACAGCUUGCUGGGAGGGAUCACAGUGGUUGGCUGCACUGCAGAGGGUGUCACAGGAGCACCUGCAGCUCACGAUGCCGACGGGGGCUCACCGGUGGCAGACAAACAGCCAGAUAUUGCAACUGAAAAUAAUGCAGUAGAGGAGAACAUUCCAACAGCAGAGGAGGCAACAGAAGCAACAGAGGUCAGUGCAGGAACAGGAGAAGAUGCAGCUGAUAUUGCACAAACUGGAGUCUACACAGAGCAUGUCUUCACAGACCCUCUGGGAGUGCAGCACACAGCUGAGGCCUCUCCAGUCUACCAGCCUAGUACUGAGUCAGAGCUGUACAAAGAUGUUGCAGUGUUGCCAAACGAGCAGGAUCUGGUGAGAGAAGAAGCACAGAAGAUGAGCAGCCUUCUGCCCACGAUGUGGCUUGGGGCACAGAACGGAUGCCUGUAUGUUCAUUCGUCAGUGGCCCAGUGGAGGAAAUGUGUUCAUGCCAUUAAACUUAAAGAUUCUAUUCUCAGUAUUGUACAUGUCAAAGGAAUAGUUUUAGUUGCACUAGCUGAUGGAACUCUAGCAAUAUUCCACCGUGGAGUCGAUGGUCAGUGGGAUCUGACCAACUACCACCUGCUGGACCUGGGCCGGCCACAUCACUCCAUACGCUGCAUGACCGUGGUGCACGACAAGGUCUGGUGUGGCUACAGGAACAAAAUCUAUGUUGUUCAACCAAAGGCCAUGAAGAUAGAGAAGUCCUUUGAUGCACACCCAAGGAGAGAGAGCCAAGUGAGGCAGCUGGCCUGGGUGGGGGAUGGGGUGUGGGUGUCCAUUCGCCUGGACUCCACCCUGCGCCUCUACCAUGCACACACCUACCAGCACCUGCAGGACGUGGACAUUGAGCCUUAUGUCAGCAAAAUGCUAGGUACUGGUAAACUGGGAUUCUCUUUUGUGAGAAUCACAGCUCUUAUGGUGUCUUGUAAUCGUUUAUGGGUAGGAACAGGAAAUGGUGUCAUCAUCUCCAUUCCAUUAACAGAAACUGUAAUCCUCCACCAGGGACGUUUACUGGGGCUGAGGGCCAACAAGGUGGCGGCCGGCGGGCGGCCCGGCAGCGUCAUCCGCGUCUACGGCGACGAGAACAGCGACAAGGUCACCCCUGGCACCUUCAUCCCCUACUGCUCCAUGGCACAUGCACAGCUCUGCUUCCAUGGGCACCGUGACGCCGUCAAGUUCUUCGUGGCAGUGCCUGGUCAAGUUGUCUGCCCACAAAGUAGUGGUGGAACAGAGCUAACAGCUGAUAAACCAGCCCAAGAGUCCUUCAACCAGAGUCCCUUAAAAUCAAUGUUGGUGAUCAGUGGUGGAGAAGGGUACAUCGACUUCAGAAUGGGUGAUGAAGGUGGAGAAUCUGAACUCCUUGGAGAAGCUCUACAAAUUGAACCUUCUGUAGCCAAAGCUGAGAGAAGUCACUUGAUAGUGUGGCAAGUCCUGUGUGGCAGUGAGUGAGCCUGUAGGAUGCAGCUGGAGACCUUAGAAAAGACAAAAAAGCUUCUGCAUGUUUUUUAAUUUGUGAACCCUGUUUCACUCCAUGAUGUUGGAGCCUUUCUUUGCUGUUUAACUCUCUAUUGCAAACCUGUCAUACCCUUAACUGCAGGAAUUAGCUUUGUGCUGUUUUACUGCACCUGUGUUCCAUGGACGGUGUCAGGAGGUCAGACCUGGCCCACGCCUUGGUGAGCAGCUGAGACCUGUGGUGUGCUGUGCCACAGCAGCCAGUGGAGUGCACUUGAGUCCAGCUUUGUUGCAGCUGCAUUCCACUGGACAGUGCUUAGAGUAAAACAGCAAAGUUGUUCCCAGAGCAGUAGGAAAUGGGCACGUUCUGAGAUGGAUUAAGGCUCAUCCAGAUGCUGGGUGAGGGCUGAAGCAAGCUGUGAGCUGCAGCUCGCCCAGUGUCUGCAGGCUAAUUGGUUCCAGCAGCAGCAGCUGGGGGGCAGAGGGAGUUGUACAGGACUGACAAUGUUUAAAUAAAAUCAGAGAUUUUCACUGUGGACCUUUGCAGCCUGGGAGCUGCUGCCCUCAGCACUGAGCAAUGUUGAGCAGUGGGUUUCCAUGUCCCUGACACAGAGCAACUUGGUUCCCAAGGGUUAUUCUUGGAUGGUUUAAAUGGAAGCCAACUGUCAGAUUCUUGAUCAGGGGAUGCCUUUUGUUCUGUUCUUGUCUGAACUCCCUUUGUCCUGAGCACCAGAAUGAUCUUCUCUGCCUGAUCUUCUCUGGUCAAACUCAUGAGGCACUACACGUGUGAAGGUUGGAGACCUCGAUUAGAGCAUGAGAAAAGACUGAAGGGUGUACAGGAGAAACACAUUCUGCCCAAGUGAGGCUGUGAGGAGCUUGAGUGCCAGGGAAUUAAGUACAAAAUGUAUUUUUUUGUAGCCCCAUACCCCAUUGAGUGUAAAAAGAAAAAACAUAAACCAUUUUUCAGCAGCGUCUGCAGGUAGCAGAGUCCCUCGGUGCAGCUGGGGAGGCUCUGCUCUCAGGCUGCCCAUCUCUACUCACCAGCUAUUUUUGUACCCACGAGUGUGAGCUGGAGGUGUCUUCCUUUUGGGUUUACAUCAGCAUCACACAGCGCUAAGCACUUCUUGCUUUCUGUGCUUCAGGAGGUUUUAAACCCCAGAUCUGCUCGCUCAUUUCUCUCUGGAAGAUGGAAGCUUUGGGCUGCUGUCAGGAACAUCUGGCACUUAGCCCCAAAGGGCGGGACUGCUCUGCUCAGAGCAGAGAGGGGGCAGGAGGAAGAG